AUGCCCAUAAUCAUUUUGAUGACUUUAAGUAAGACAAUAGCAAAAAGUAGUAACAAUUCUAUUGAAGAUGUAUCUGCGCAAACAAACAAUACAAACUAUUCGACAGAAACUUUCAAAAUUAUAAAUAACAAACCAAAUAGAAUAAAUAAAGUCACGAAUGUACAAUCUUACAGGAAUAAAACUAAAAUUACAAAACAUCCUGGUAUAAAAAUUGAAGACCUAAAGGAUAUCGAGGAUUUACGCUCUUAUGGAUCUUUUGAGAAUCAUCCAUGCAGACGCGUUUGCCAAGAGAACCAAGUUUUAAACUGCUAUUACAGAAUGUUGAUACAUAAUUACCAACGCUUAGGCCCAGAAUGUAGCCGAUGCCCAUACGAUCCCUUGGCUUGCGAGUCUGAGCGUUGUAUAUAUGGCGAUGGAGUACCUACACCAGUGAUGGCAGUUAACUAUAUGGUUCCUGGGCCAGCCAUCGAAAUAUGUGAAAAUGACACUGUUAUAAUUGAUGUUUUAAAUUAUUUGACCGAAGCACACACAAUGCACUGGCAUGGCUUGCACAUGUCACAAACACCAGAAAUGGAUGGCGCACCAUUUAUAACACAAUAUCCCAUACAGCCAGGUGAAGUUUAUCGUUAUGCUUUUAAAGCAGAUCGUAGUGGUACAGUUUGGUAUCACAGUCACACUGGUUGGCAACGUGCUCUAGGUGUGGCUGGUAGUCUUGUUAUACGGCAGACACGUCAAGCCAAUCGUCAAGCGCAUCUUUACGAUUACGAUCUAAUUGAGCACACUUUGAUGAUACAGGAUAUUGUCUACAAUUAUGAUUUUACACGUAUUACAAAUAUACUAAUCAAUGGCAAAGGAAGAAACCAUCGUACCAACUUACCUGAUAAUGAUUCACGUCAUCGUUACAAGAGGGUACGAGUCACACCAGGCUAUCGCUAUCGCAUGCGUGUAAUUAGUAAUGGCGUAUUUAAUUGCCCUAUAGAGUUUUCAAUUGAGAAUCAUAAAAUGCUUAUGAUAAGUACAGAUGGCAAUGAUAUUGACCCCAUAUUAGCGGACAGUUUCUUCUUGUCUUCAGCGGAACGUUUCGAUUUUAUUUUAGAUGCUAAUCAAUACGCUAGUAAUUAUUGGAUACGUGUACGUGGCUACAAUAAUUGUAGUACCACAAAUUUGUAUCAAGGGGCAGUGCUACAUUAUCGUGGCGCCGCAAAGAAUGAACAACCAUCUAACACAUUGUCUGCGAACAUUUUCGGACGUAGCAAUGUGUCACCAAAAAUUAUUGUUAAUGGUAUAGAAGAAUAUAUAUCCUCAAAUACAACAUUCAGUAAACACACUGUUGAAACACAAGCUGCAGAAUCUGAAGCUACAGAAUCAGUCAAUAUAGCCACAUCAGCUCUACAAUCACUCGAACCAUUAAGUUGGCCGAGAUACACGAAGUUUUUGACUUAUUAUAGUAGUUUCGGUGUUUUUGCACAACGUAACGGUGACAUAGCUUUUCAAAUUGAUGAUAUCACGUACCUUCAACCGGAUGUAUCACUUUUGCAAGCACGACCGCUGUACCAGGACGAAGCGUAUUUCUGCAAUCGCUCUGCUAUGUAUUCAGCUGGCUUCGACUGUGUACGCGACAAUUGUGAGUGCACAAACGUUAUACGCUUACCAGCUUUUAAACCCAUUGAAAUGGUUGUAGUUAAUUAUAUGCAAACCACUCAUCCUUUUCACAUACAUGGCUUUACAUUUCGUUUAAUCGGACAAGCAGUUGUCGGUAAUCAAGCCGAUCUGAGAAGAAUUGCUGAAUUAGAUCAACGUGGAUAUUUAAAAAGAGCACCACCGGAUUUUCCAGCUGCAGAAAAAGAUACUGUGCAAAUACCAGGACUUGGAUAUAUUAUAAUACGUUUCAUCAGUGAUAAUCCUGGUUUUUGGAUGUACCAUUGCCACAUUGAGCAGCACGCAAUACAAGGCAUGGUUGCUAUACUUAAAGUCGGAGAGAAUUACCAAAUCAAACGUAUACCUCCAAAAAUUCGUUGUUAA